AUGCCGGGAGAGUCAAACUUUGUUAUCGAGGACCAGAUUCUGGGCACUUCGAUCACUUGGGAAAUGGUUGAGACCGAUUUUCAAAAGGCCUUUGAAGUUCCUUCACGCUGUGGCCCAAAUAGAGACGCUCGUAUGAUCGAAAACGGCGAGAAGGGCAACACCUCGCUGCUAAUCAGGGCCGAUUUUGAUUGGGACACGAAAGAAGAGGUCCUGCCGAAAACAGCUCUUCUAAAAAUCAUCAGUUGUGAUAAAUUCAAGAGCGUCGGCGCAAACAAUGCGCAGAUGAAUUUCCGCGGAGAGAAGGAACGGGCAGCCUGGAUGCACAACGCCGAGUGGAAUUUGUAUGAAAGGGCGCGGGAAUGCCCCGAAUUUGCUGAAAUCGCCAAGCUUCCGGCGUAUUAUUGCGGCCGUGCCUUUGAUGAAGCUCUGGAAGCCGGCUAUUUGGCGAUGGAAUUUCUAGAAGGCGCUGUCUGCCUACCGGCUUACGGGGUACUUGGCGUUGAUGAGGUCAAGCAACUCGUCCACCUUUCCAGCGCUACGGAGGAUAUUAGUAAAUUCAUUUCGGCUUCAUUAUCACCAGUCGACUAUCAGAAUAGCAAAGCGGAACUAUUGCGCUACUACUAUAAAACGAUGGAAAAAGAGGUGAAGCACCAUCUACUGCCCUGGAAAGGUCACGAAGAGUUUUUGCAAGAACACGAAAAGUGCAUGCCGCUGAUGGGGCUGAUCAGUCUACCGAUCGCCUUUUAUUACGAGGAUAAAAUUUUUAGAGAUUUUCCAGGCGCCACAUCUGAAAAAGAAGCCGCUCAAGAGCUUUUCCGAGACAAACUCUUUUCGUCGUUGGACGAGAUUGAAGCCGCCGUAAAGAAGCAUUAUAUU